AUGGUGCUGCUCAGGGCCCUGGUGCUGCUUCUUGCUCUGGUUGUCUCUGACGUCCACUGCCUGCCCUGGUUCAUAAAAGUCUCCGAGAGCCAGGGACCUGGCACCAUCCUUCAGUUUUUCUCCUUCAACUGCUCUUCUCAUAUACCUACCCUAGAGUUGCUCCAUGUGCAGCCACCCACCACCUUCUUCAACCCACCCAGCCUGACUAGGUGGCAAGGGAUGUAUGUGGGUGAGGUGACCUUGAGCAGCUCGGCCCGGCUGGAUGCCCUGGUGGUGAACCACUAUGAGCUGCAGCUGCGGUUCAUAUGUGGCAACCACGUGAUGGAGGGACCACUCUCUGUGGAUGUGCAGCAGGACCCUGGCCAUAUCCGGUGUGCUGGCCGAUUUGCCAGCCCAGGUGGGGAAAUCAUUCAGGUGCUGGAAACAGUCUCACCUGGGGCCCGCCUGUACACUCUGUUGCUCCCAGGCCUGGAACUCCAGGGUGCCCAGAUGAGCAUCACCAGUGCCCAGGACCCUCCACACUUCCCUGGACCUUUCUCUAUCAAUAGGCAGGGUUGGCUGCAGGCGCCAUCCCAGGGCCUCAAAGGCCAGGCUCAAAAGAGCUUCCAGCUUCAGGUCUCAGUGACCUUUGGACAAAACCGAAGCUGCCAUGGCAUGCUGAUGGUUAAAGUUUUGCCUGCUCCCUCCAGCCGGGUCUCCUUCCUGGAGCAAGCCCAGAAUAUCACCAUCUUGGAGAACCUGGUCCCCGGGAGUAAGGUGGCUCAGGUCCAGGCCCGGGGCUUCGAUGUGCGCUAUGAAAUCGUCUCCCCGGUGCCCUGCCCGCUCUUCUCCAUCGGUCGCGCCGACGGUGUGGUGCGGACCGCUGCUCCUCUGGAGUUGACGCCAGCGACCAAAGGAGCCGCGGUUACACGGCUGCAAGUGAAGGCCUUCGAGCGGCUCCGUCCGUGGGCCAGCGUCGAGCUCGAUCUCACGGUGAAAGUGCGGUCAGUCAACCGCUGGCCCCCGCGCUGCCUCCCAGAGCUGCUGGUGACACAAAUCCCGGAGACCAUGCCUGUGGGCACCAUGCUGAACACCUUCACUUGCACUGACCCGGAUUCUCCUGGUUCCACCUUGGACUACCAGCUGCGGUUCCACAGCCCUCCUGGCCCAGCCAGUCUCUGCCUUCGAGAAAGGGUCCUGGAGGUGAAUGCCACACUGGACUGUGACACUCCUGGGGCCUGCUUUCAGCAUGCAGCCUCCAUCCUGGUGCUUGAUGAUGGUCAGCCCCUGAUGACCACUGAGGUGCCGGUACUGGUGAUGGUGACACCUGUCAACGAGUUCUCCCCAGCCUGUGUCUCACGCACAUUUCGAGUUCGGGAGGAUGCAGGGCCCCACACUCUUCUGGGCUCUGUGGUGGGCACCGACAUGGACUACCCGCACAACAGCAUUGAGUACCACACCUCUGGCGGAUCCGCCACCUUUGCUGUGGACCAUCUCAGCGGAGAGGUUCGCCUCCUGGGGUCUUUGGACUAUGAGCUGCAAAGGUUAUACAGGCUCACUGUCCUGCUGACUGACCACAGCCAAGACCAGGACGCCACUUGCCACCACUCAGGCUCCUGCACCAUUACCAUCGAGGUUGAGGAUGUGAAUGACCAUGCCCCAGAGUGUGAGCCCCCCUUUCAGGAACUCACCAUCCACACAUCCCUGGGCCAGAGCGUGGAGGUGACCAAGGUGUUAUGUCGGGUCCCCCAGGAGCCUCAGCGCCUGGCCUUCUCCUACAGUAUCGUGGGAGGGAAUAGUCAGAGCCGAUUCAGUCUGCAAGGAGCCAUCCUGGUGCACAAUGACCUCAUGUUGGCACCCCCUUGGCCAGAGCAGCCUCAUACUUAUGAGCUAUUGAUUCGUGUGGCCGAUGCAGGUCCCUCCAUCCCCCAUCUCAGCACCACAGCCACCGUCAUUGUGCAUCUAGUUCCGUGGAGGGCCAGCACAGUGGCCACCAGCACCCACAGAGCCACAAUGCCUUCAAUGAUGACACCCCUGCUUGUGACAGACACGGAGGCUUUCUGGCAGCCGGAACCCUGGUUUGUGGUGAUGCUGACAAUGACCGGUGCCCUUCUCCUCUUGGCUCUGGGCUGGCUCCUCAACAGGCUCCUUCAGGGGUUGGCCCGGGUGCUACAGGCACUAAGCAUACCAGCCCAGGCUCUGCUGCUAAACAGUAUCCAAGGAACUGAGAGGUCCAUUGAGGGGUUCAUGGAGGCGCCAAGGAUGGAGAUGCCACAGGCACCCAGCAGCAUCAUGAGCCUGCACUUUGAUGGCAGAGCACAGGACUCCCGUGCAGGCAGAGAUUACCUGUUCAACACGCGCACGGGAGCCCGGCACUGGCUCUGA